AUGGCAGCAAACGGGGCAACUCGGAUUGAUCACCAGCCACUUGUAAAUGCAAGGUCCAUGAAAAACAUGCAAACAAGGAAAGAUGUCGAUUUCUACGGCAAGCUCGCCACCGCCCAAAGCCCCAAGUUUAUGCUAGCUGCAUGCUCAGAUUCUCGAGUGUGCCCCUCCCACAUCCUCAAUUUUCAACCAGGGGAGGUUUUUGUGGUCCGAAACAUCGCCAACAUUGUUCCUCCAUUCGGCACGGUAGUGUACACCUUUUUGUUCAGAAACGUUGUUAAGAAAAUAGAAUUGUGUGAUUUGCAGGUGGAGAAUAUUUGUGUUAUCGGGCACAGCUGCUGCGGCGGUAUAAAGGCGCUCAUGUCGAUCCCGGACGAUGUGACCACCGAUAGAUCUGAUCGGUUGGCCAAGCAGUUGGUUCGUUUGAUCGACAGUGGUGCGCUCGACUGGGUCUCGGUUGUGCUGGGGAUGGCUGAAGGUGCAGUGUUGUUGGAUGGGGAGGCGGCGGCGGAUUGUGCAGAUCUGGGUCCGGUCCAUUUCGGGUUGGUUUUGCUACGGCUCAGCCCGAUGACCUGUCUCGGCUUCACAGCGGCGAGAUUGGGAGUGGCGGCGAGUGGUGGUCUACUUGGGGUGCCCUAG